CAACAUUAAUUGGAUUCUUCGUCAUGCAGAGCAGAUCCUAGGACGCAAGGACUCCAUCGAAAACGGGACGUGCGCCACCGUUUUCCCACUAUUCAAUGCUGCUCGCGAGGACAUGUCGACCUCUGAUCUCUUGGACUCCUUCAACACUGCGCCUCCCCUUACACGCGACCACGUACUCCUGGAUCCCUCCGAAUCGACUCUACUCACCACAAUGCUCGUGCACAACAUUCUCCGCAUCAUCACAUCGCACGGCGGGGCUAGCUUUGCUCGGUUUGCGCCCAAUGUCGAGCGUUCAUUACCGCGUUCCACAGAAUGCAUUCCACUUCACAAGACGGAGGUGUACCCUCUCCGGGCGAUGAACAUCGAGGAGGCCAGCAUUAAGGGCAAUGCGGAGGUCCCGGAGACCAUGUUUGGUGAGCUUGGCCAUGACCUCGACUCCACGACCUUCACGGACACCGUCAAGAUCGUCUUCGGUGAUCAGCUUUCUGUUGCACGAAUUCGCGCCGUAAUCAACAACCGUGCGGGGCACGAUUCCCUUUCGAAAUCACUCCUUUAUGCCGCUUUUGCCCCAGGAUUAUUCCACUACCAGAUGGCUGCGACAUACGGUGUCCUCGAGACGCACUGGGGCAAUCCGAGCCUCGGACAUCACGAUCCGGCGUGUCUUUCGUGGCACAACACAGUUCUGGAUCGCAAGCCCUUUGUCUUGACCAACAAGCCACCGUAUCGCGUUGCGCGUGAUCUCAUAUUUCACUCGUUGUAUGCCCGGCUGAUACACUGCCUCGAGCUCGUCACAGCAUGCGAUGAUCUGGAAGACUACGCCCAGAAUGUGUCUUUCGACGAACUACAAGAGCAUGUGCACGAGAUCGUUGCUAGGUUUGUGAACCCGAGCUCGGUCUCUAAGCUGCGCAGUGCUCGUUCUCGUGAGACGACCUUGCAUGCUCGCGAGGACCCUCUCCCGGCGCCAGCGCAGGGUGACAUGGUCUUCGAGAAUGCAUGUCUGUUCCUGCGAGAUGCCCUCAUACUGCGAGAGCUCACAGACUCUAUCAAGGCCGGUGAUUCAGGCCGGCUUGUCAUAAUCCUCAAGACAAUGGCUUUGAGCUAUCGAGGGAGCGGACGUACGAAGUAUGCUCAGGAGACCCUCUUCGUUAUCCACAACCUCGCACAUGUCUGGCCGAAACCAUUGCGAGCCAUAAUGAUCAACAACUGGCUCGUGAAUACGACGGGUAAGCCAGAUCAUUGGUAUCCAGUCGACCUACUGCAAGAACACAACAUAUUUUGGACGAAGACCAUUUACAAUGCGCAGGGGAGCGGCGCAUCGUGGGAUUGGUUGGAGAUGAUCUCGCCAUGUAUCAACAUACUUCGCCGCCUCGUGACAUCCGUGAAUGAUACCCUGGGUUCAAGACAAGGUACCAAGCAUGCGGCACCGGAUAUCAAACGCGACAUGGAAGAGUUACGACGGUCACUUGCGGGUGCCAAUGUAUACAAGAUCGAGAAGGGACGAGUCAUUGAUGGUACGAAAGCCGUGGUUCCGAACGUCAUCAGUGUUGGGCUCUUGCACCUAGCAGGAUCUCUCGGCGAGUACAACAAGAUGUUCACACGUCUCAAGAAACGCCGCGUGCGAACGUCACCACUCAUCGGGGGCGCGAUUGUCGGCGGGUCAACAUCGCGCGCAGUCGCAUCGCCGCGACCUUCGAGUGACAGCUCAUUGACGGAUGUCCCGUCAAAUGGUGGUGGCUAUAUAGAGCCUAGUGUGGAAGCCUCGGAGCUGCAGGAAGGCUCGGAUGAUGAAGAGCAAGACGAGGGAGACGAGGAGAUCGAGAGCUGGCUGGAACCUGAGCAGUUAUUCUCAUUGGAUGACGAGGGCGACGUAGAGCUUUAUGUCGACUAAUAUAGGUUCGAGAUGGUCUUUAAAACUUGACGGCCUGAGCUAGCAUGUAAUGCGAC